AUGAAUUCUCCUUCUCCUUCGACUGUGAAGCCAACUCCAUCUGAUGAACGAUCGUCCACACAUACAACCAGUUCUCGAUCACGCGUUACUUCUUCAGGUCGCGUUAAUGGGAAACGCACGCGGCAUGGUCAGUCCGUGCCGGACGGCAAAAUGCCAACUUCACGAGAAGGAACCCCAGGAGUGAGUCGUUCAAGCAGAGAAUAUAACUCAAGUGAAGUGCGCACCGAGAGGACGCAGGUCACAACCAGAGAAACUGUCCAGGUCAGGUCGAAGAAACCCACGACCAGUUCAACAGCAACACCAAAAAGAGAUUGGGAAAGGGAGAAAUCAAGAAUGAAAAAAUCUAGUCAACAUGAGGUUUCUAUUCCAGCUGCUAGGUCGAGAAAAGAGAAGGAAGUUGAAAAGGAGCUAUCAGAUGUGCCCUGGGAACCGCAAGCAACUCUAACUCCCCACUCAACCGCCCCCCUCGCUAGUCGUGUGUCUGUAUCCCCCCUAUCGUCACUGGCCCCGCAAUCACUGCGCCCACCUCCUCUCCGAGAACUAAGCAUGGAGGCUCAGGAGGCUGCAAUACUCGAAGAUCUUCUCUUUGUUUUUAUGGGCUAUGAAGGCCAAUAUAUCCACUUUGUCAACUCAUAUAACCCAUCUGAGGAAACAGAUCGCUUAAUCGGACCAUCUUUUCAGGUCGAACCAGGCCUUGAGCCGAGCUUGAAGGACCUUACUCUUUCCAUGCUGAAGAUGGCCACCCACUACAGCGCUAUGGAGGCUUUUGUAGAAGUUCAGAGCAGAGCAGAAUUUGGCGCUGUCAACCACGCUCUUUGCGCGGCAAUACGCAAACUACUAAAGGACUAUCUUAUUCUGAUCGCGCAGUUAGAAAACCAAAUGCUCAAUAAUCAUAAUUUUACAUUGCAUGUUCUCCACCUCCAUAUCAUGCCAACCAGUCAAAGUAUGGUACAGCUAUACGCGCUCGGGCAAGAGUUGUUGAAGAAAAACUCGCUUCUGGUUCAGGAAACGGAUGAAUCAGUUGAUGAUUUUGAUGAUGUGGAAAAUAUCCUUGAACAACUGAGAGAAGGGGGAGAAUUAGCUCCCGGCAGCAUGUCCAAAAAGCUCUGCAAGGGUGGUAAUGUCUUGAGAGUACUAACCCAGCGACUUGCGACUUUCUCAGGUGACCCGACUACCGGGACAUUACUUCAGACCCUGUUGCGCGAAGCAAGCCGGCCGUAUAUGACCAUGUUGAACGAGUGGCUACACCAGGGGGCUAUCAACGAUCCCCACGCGGAGUUCCUUAUCAAAGAACAGAAAGGCAUCAAGCGUGACAAACUCGAGGAGGAUUACACUGAUGAAUACUGGGAGAAACGGUAUACCAUACGUGACUGCGAAGUUCCUCCACAGCUGGACACCGUUGGAGAUAAGGUUCUCCUGGCUGGGAAGUAUCUUAAUGUUGUUCGUGAGUGCGGAGGAGUUGAUAUCAGUAAGGAAAUUCGAGAUGUUCCCACGACCUUUGACGAUCCACGAUUUCUUGAUAACAUAAAUUCCGCAUACGCAUACGCAAAUGCAUCCCUGUUAAACCUUCUUUUAACGAAAAAUUCCUUGACGACUCGAUUCCGCUCGUUGAAACAUUACUUCUUCCUGGACCGUUCGGAUUUCUUUUCUUACUUCUUGGAACUUGGGGCAUCGGAACUCCGAAAACCGGCAAAGAAUGUCAAUGAAGGCAAAUUGCAGUCUCUUCUUGACCUCGUCCUUCGUCAACCUGGCAGUAUCGCUGCACAGGAUCCGUUCAAGGAAGAUGUGAAGGUUCGCAUGAAUUACAUAGGAUUAACUAAGUGGCUCAUGCGCGUGGUAAGCGUGUCUGGCAUUGAUCAAGAUAAUCCUGAUGGAGGACUUGAAAGAUAUCAGACUCCCGCCCCACAAGUUACAGAGGAGGAGAAGGACAUCAUUGGUUUUGAUGCCCUGGAACUUGACUACAUGGUCCCAUUCCCACUCUCGCUCGUUAUCAGCCGUAAAACCGUCCUCCGCUAUCAACUUAUCUUCAGGUACAUCCUGUCCCUACGACAUUUGGAAACGAUGCUAGGAACCUCAUGGCAAGAUCACAUGAAAGUACAAAGCUGGCGCCAUAGAUCAUCUGACCGAAAACUCGAGUUAUGGAAAAGAAGGGCCUGGACAUUGCGGGCUAGAAUGCUCAUAUUCGUGCAACAACUUCUUUACUUUUGUACGGCUGAAGUGAUUGAACCCAAUUGGCAGAAUCUUAUGGACCGGGUGAACGGUGAUGAUGCUGAUGGGACUGAGGUUAUGGUUAAUGGGACUAAACAAGUCAAUCGGACGGUCGAUGAGUUGAUGCAGGAUCAUGUUGAUUUCCUUGACACAUGUCUAAAGGAAUGCAUGUUAACCCAGGGAAAACUUCUCAAGAUUCAUUCCAAACUCAUGAUCUGCUGCACCAUGUUUUCCUCCUGGACGACGUCAUCACUUUCGCGUGGUCUUAUCUCCGCUGACCCAGAUUUGUCGGGUCCUAACGCAAAGCCAAACGUUCCUGGUUCAGAUGCCAAUAAGGCGUAUGACCCCUCGCGCCUAGAAAAGCUUGAAGAUACAUUAAAGAGAUAUGAAGGCCAUUUCAAUCGACACUUGAGGAUAUUGAUGGAUAGUUUAAAUUACUUCGCCGCCACUGAAAGCGUCGUCCUGCUCAAACUCGCCCAUUCACUAAGCACGAUCUGCAAGGAGGACUGA